CAUUAAAUGGAAUGAAUAUAAAAUUUCAGUCUAUGGAAAAACCUUUAGAUCCUUCCAUUCAAUGGAAAUAAUGAUGAUACAUUUUCCCGGCUGUUAAACGAUCAACCUCCUUUACAAAUUAAAGUUUUGGAGAUAUGACGACGUACGCCCGGCCACCCACCUUGUUACUUUUGUGGGCGUGUUUAAGAAAAGAUCUGAAUAAAUACCAUUACUGCUAUUAUUAAAAAAAAAAAAAAGAAAAAAAAAAAAGCUUCGGGGAAUAUAUAUCUUGACCCCCCAGCUAGUCAAUUUUAUUUUAUUUUAGUUUUUAUUUAUUUUUAUUUUCUCAGUCUCUUGUUUUCUAAAUAUUAAUAAAAAAAAAAUGCCUAAUAUUCAACAAGCACAAGUUUUAAUGGCUCCACUUAAGUUAUAUAGAGAAGUUCUUCGUUCUCAUCGUUUGUUACCUCCUGCAAUGCGUGCAUUAGGUGAUGACUAUGUAAAAGCUGAAUUCAAAAGACACAAGGAUAUUGACAACCCUGCUCAUAUUGUUGGCUUUGUGUCUCAAUGGCAAACUUAUUUAGACAUGAUUAAGCAACAAACUGCUUCACUUUCUAAAGACUCUUCUGCACCUUCUCAUGAUCCUCUUGUUAAAAGUUUUGAUACACCUAAAGAUAGUGGCUGGGGUAAAAAGUUGGAUCAACAAUUACUGGAUAAAAUGAGUGACGAGCAAUUAGGUCAAUUAUAUGAAUUAAGAAAAGAAGUUAAACGUUCUUUAGGUGAAAAAGUGAAUAAUGAAUAAAAAAGAAAAGAAAAAAAAAGAGCUUUAUUUUUUAGUUUCAUAAUCAGGUACCGUCUUCUUGACGUACAAGAUGAGAUAAAGAGCAAGUGCCACAACGAGUUGGAUAAUUAGCAUCAUUCAAAAGGGCUCGUACUGCACAAAUAGCAGAUGCUGCAUGUCCUGAUAAUA